CACAACAAGUAAGUGCAUACACAACUUGCCAUGGCGGAGGAUGACCUCGCAGCAGCUUUGGCCAUGUCGAUGGAGCCUAAUGAGGCGAGUGGCGCUCGCACCGCUGGCGCCUUUGCGGUGCGACGGCUCCGGGAAGAGAACACGGCCGAGACGCUUAAAGAAGCGAACAGUGUGGCGGUGCUCACCACGCUCUUGGGGAAUCUGGUGAAGAAUCCUUCCGAGGAGAAGUUCCGGCGAGUCAAGCUGUCCAACCCAAAGAUCAGCAAAGCGUUGAGCUGCUUGGGCGCUCAGGAGCUGCUGUUGUCCGCGGGUUUCGUGAAGAGUGAGGAACUCUUGGAGGUGCCUUCCAGCAGCACGCCUGAGAAGGUGAAGGCUGAUGCAGAAGCUGCACUUGAGGCCGCAUUGACCGGGCCGCACGUCGAGAGCUGCGCGUCGUCUGAUCGACGUCAAAGACCACCUGAGGUGGGCGCGCGGUCCAGUAUGGUCCUGUAUUUGGUAUGUGUAUCCAGUAUGGUCCUGUGUAUGAUCCUGUAUUAGAGUAUGGUGCAGUGUGUUUGUAUUUCAAGGUAUCUGGCUGCUGUUUAAGGGGGUGCUGAAGUUGCAC